AUGUCGUUCCGUGGAGGACGAGGAGGAGGUGACCGCGGAGGUCGUGGCGGCUUCUCAUCGCGAGGUGGUCGAGGUGGCUUUGGCGGUGGAGGACGUGGUGGAUAUGCCAACGCUGGCCCUCCCGAGGCAGUGCAGCCCAUGGGUUCCUUCCUUCACGCCGUUGAGGGCGAGAUGCUUUGCCAAUCGACCGAUGCUAAGCACGUCCCAUACUUCAAUGCUCCUAUCUACCUCGAAAACAAGUCUCAGAUCGGCAAGGUCGACGAGAUUCUCGGACCUAUCAACGAGGUCUAUUUCACAAUCAAGAUGGACCCAGGCAUGGUUGCAACAUCAUUCAAGACCGACGACAAGGUCUACAUUUCCGGCGAGAAGCUCUUGCCAAUCGAGCGAUUCUUGCCAAAACCUAAAUCAUUGACAAAAGCACCAAAGAAGAAGGGCGGGCGAGGCGGUGCUGGUGGUGCUCCCCGUGGUCGUGGUGCACCAAGAGGCCGAGGUGGCUUUGGCGGUGGACGUGGUGCUCCCGGCGGACGUGGUGGUUUCGGUGGUGGACGCGGCGGCGGAUUCAGCGGUGGUCGUGGCGGAGGUUUCGGCGGCGGACGAGGUGGUGGAUUUGGAGGUGGACGUGGUGGUGCUGGUGGUCGUGGCGGUGGAUUCGGUGGCCGAGGUCGCGGACGUGGUGGCUACUAA